AUGAGCGCAGACACGGUGGAGCAGUCGGACGCUCCAGCUGAUCAGGCAGAGCAAAACGGGAUCGACUUCAAUCGACAGAUAAAGACAGAGGAUAUCAACGACUCUCCUCAUUCAGUCUCCACACUGAAGACAUGUCCACUCACGCAGAGCUCCACGAUGACGGGAGGUCAGCUGACCGGGGAGCUCACAUCUCUCCACUCCAUGCAGCAGCUGGUUCUGAUGCCACCAUCCCACCUGUCGUCUCCCUCAUCCUUCCUGCUCUCCCAGAGCCCCACCAGCCACCAAGCCCUCCUGCAGCAGAACCUGCUGUCCCUCCCUGGUCAGAGUCAAACCAGCCUCCUUCAGCAUCAACCUGGACUGGCUCUGACUCCACAGGUUAUGAGCCGCUCUGGUCUGGCAGGACCAUCUAUGGAGAGCCACAUGGACAUGUCCCACCUGCAGAUGCCCAAGCACAUGUCAGUCCCACCACAGGAGGAACCCAGUGACCUGGAAGAACUGGAGCAGUUUGCAAAAGCAUUCAAACAACGACGUAUCAAACUGGGCUUCACACAGGGAGAUGUGGGUCUAGCGAUGGGAAAACUGUACGGGAAUGACUUCAGCCAGACCACAAUUUCUCGCUUUGAAGCUCUCAAUCUCAGCUUCAAAAACAUGUGCAAGCUCAAACCUCUGCUGGAGAAAUGGCUGAGUGAUGCAGAAAACUCACCUUCUGACUCGAUGAGCAGCACCACCUCUCUGCCUCCACUCAUAGAGGGCUACGGACGCAAACGGAAAAAGAGGACAAGCAUUGAAACGAACAUCAAGAUGACCUUGGAGAAACGUUUCCUUGAUAACCCUAAGCCCAACUCAGAGGAGAUAACCCUGAUCUCAGAGCAGCUGUCCAUGGAGAAGGAGGUGGUCCGGGUUUGGUUCUGUAACCGGCGUCAGAAGGAGAAGAGGAUCUACUGCCCGGUGUCUAGUUUAUCGGUGAAGUCACACAGCUAUAUCUCCAGAAUGGCUUCAGCAGCCAGAUCAUACAGCCCUCUGGCUUCAGGCGGAGUUUCAUCGAAUUCAUCCCCAAACAGUGUAAGCCGUGAAGCGUCUCCCAACAGCCUGGCUGCAGCCUCAGUCUCUUUAACAUCACAGGUUAAUCCAGCUUCAUACAGCUCAACAGGGCCGUGGUACCGCACAUGGAACAGUCCCACCUAUCAUCAUUAAGAAACAUGAACUGUAUCAUAUGAAGAUUUUUUUUUGAAGUUUGAGAAGGAUGUUCACCUACAUAAGAUGUGAUGGCGUAACAUAAUGUCCCUGUUAUGAACAGGGUGAUGACUACAUGCUUUA